UGAAGUCAGUGACCACACCGUCAGCAUGCUGAGUCAAGUGUGCCGCUCUGGUUUCCAGCCCUUUGGCUGCCACCGUCUCCUGCCCUGGGUCCAGUCCACAGCCAUCACCAGAUCUCACCGGGUCCAUCCUUCAGCUAUCAGCCAUGUUCGUUCUUGGAGCAACAUUCCCUUCAUCACCGUGCCGCUCAGUCGUGCACAUGGCAAGUCCUUUGCCCACCGCAGUGAGCUGAAACAUGCUAAGAGAAUCGUGGUGAAACUGGGGAGUGCAGUGGUGACCCGAGGGGACGAAUGUGGCCUGGCCCUGGGGCGCCUGGCAUCUAUCGUCGAGCAGGUGUCAGUGCUGCAGAACCAGGGCCGAGAGAUGAUGCUGGUGACCAGUGGAGCCGUAGCCUUCGGCAAGCAACGCUUGCGCCACGAAAUCCUUCUGUCUCAGAGUGUGCGGCAAGCCCUGCACUCAGGGCAGAACCAGCUGAAGGAGAUGGCAAUUCCAGUCCUAGAGGCACGAGCUUGUGCAGCUGCAGGACAGAGCGGGCUGAUGGCCUUGUAUGAGGCUAUGUUUACCCAGUACAGCAUCUGUGCGGCCCAGAUUUUGGUGACCAAUCUGGAUUUCCACGAUGAGCAAAAGCGCCGGAACCUCAAUGGGACACUACAUGAGCUCCUCCGGAUGAACAUUGUCCCAAUUGUCAACACAAAUGAUGCUGUUGUCCCCCCAGCUGAGCCCAAUAGUGACCUCCAGGGGGUAAAUGUCAUUAGUGUUAAAGACAAUGAUAGUCUUGCUGCCCGUCUGGCCGUGGAAAUGAAAACCGACCUCUUGAUUGUUCUUUCAGAUGUUGAAGGCCUCUUUGACAGUCCCCCAGGAUCAGAUGAUGCAAAACUCAUCGAUACCUUUUAUCCCGGAGAUCAACAGUCUGUGACAUUUGGAACCAAGUCUAGAGUGGGAAUGGGUGGCAUGGAAGCCAAGGUAAAUGCAGCCCUCUGGGCUUUGAAAGGUGGCACUUCUGUUGUUAUUGCCAAUGGAACCCACCCAAAGGUGUCUGGACACGUCAUCACAGACAUUGUGGAAGGAAAGAAAGUUGGCACCUUCUUUUCAGAAGUGAAACCUGCAGGCCCUACCAUCGAACAGCAGGGAGAGAUGGCUCGGUCUGGAGGAAGGACACUGGCCACAUUGGAACCUGAGCAGAGAUCAGAAAUUAUCCAUCACCUUGCAGAUUUAUUGACAGACCAGCGUGAAGAGAUCCUGUUAGCCAACAAGAAAGACUUGGAGGAGGCACAAGGGAGACUUGCAGCUCCUCUACUCAAACGGCUGAGCCUAUCCACAGCUAAACUGAACAGUCUGGCCAUCGGUCUGCGGCAGAUUGCAGCCUCCUCCCAGGACAGCGUGGGCCGUGUUUUGCGUAGAACACGAAUUGCCAAAAACUUGGAACUAGAACAAGUGACUGUCCCAAUUGGAGUGCUGUUGGUGAUCUUUGAAUCACGCCCUGACUGCCUACCCCAGGUGGCAGCCUUGGCCAUUGCAAGUGGUAAUGGCUUAUUACUCAAAGGAGGGAAGGAGGCCUCACACAGCAACCGGAUUCUCCACCUCCUGACCCAGGAGGCCCUCUCUAUCCAUGGAAUCAAGGAGGCCGUACAGCUGGUGAACACCAGAGAAGAAGUGGAAGAUCUUUGCCGCCUAGACAAAAUGAUAGAUCUGAUCAUUCCACGUGGCUCUUCCCAGCUGGUCAGAAACAUCCAGAAAGCAGCUAAGGGGAUUCCGGUGUUGGGCCACAGUGAAGGGAUCUGCCACAUGUAUGUGGAUUCGGAGGCCAGUGUCGAUAAAGUCACCAGACUUGUCAGAGACUCUAAAUGUGACUAUCCAGCUGCCUGCAAUGCCUUGGAGACUUUGCUAAUCCACAGAGAUCUCCUGAGAACACCGUUAUUCGACCAGAUCAUUGACAUGCUGAGAGUGGAACAAGUGAAAAUUCAUGCAGGCCCCAAGUUUGCCUCCUAUCUGACCUUCAGCCCCUCUGAAGUGAAGUCACUUCGAACUGAGUAUGGGGACCUGGAAUUGUGCAUUGAAGUGGUGGACAGUGUCCAGGAGGCCAUUGACCACAUCCACAAGUACGGCAGCUCACACACAGAUGUCAUCGUCACAGAGAACGAGAAAACAGCGGAGUUCUUCCUCCAGCACGUCGACAGUGCCUGCGUGUUCUGGAAUGCCAGCACCCGCUUCUCUGAUGGCUACCGCUUCGGACUGGGAGCUGAAGUGGGAAUCAGCACAUCUCGAAUCCAUGCCCGAGGUCCAGUAGGACUUGAGGGGCUGCUGACCACAAAGUGGCUGUUACGAGGACAGGAUCACGUGGUAGCAGAUUUCUCCGAGCACGGAAGUUCUAAGUACCUUCAUGAGAACCUUCCUGUUCCUCAAAGAAACACCAACUGA